GACACGUCUUCGUUGCGCUUUAUUAUUGCUUCUCAGGGAACUUCUUUCGUCGCCUGCCUCUUCCCUAGUUCCCUUGCCGCUGCUUCUCCGUGCUCAUCGAUGUGAUUUCGAAGUGAUUACUCGCUUAGAUUCUUCUACUUGUUGGUUUUGCACCCGAUAGAGGAGAUUUGAUGGCCCUGUUCACAGAUAGAGUGAAUCAUUAUCAUCGUCGUCAUCUCGCCUUGUUCGUCCAAAUUAUUUGGGGCCGGCUUGAUGGAUUUUAUCCUUCCAUUGAGCUUAGUUCGAGGAUUGAUUGAGAGAAUUCUACUUGUUUUGUUUGCCAAAUGGCGUCUUCCUCCUGUCAGUGCCUAUUUGGACAUAGGCCAUUCUUCCAUGGCGAAUCAAGGUUUCAGUCAAAAACUGACCUCUUCAGCUCUACGCAACCUUUCACAUUGGAAUUCAUUAUGAACCAAAAUUCUGUUACUACAUAUCCCCAAAAGAGCUUGUGCAGCCAAGUAGCCGCGCUACCAGACCUCGGUGAGUUCUUCUGGGAAAAAGAUCCAACUCCUAUUUUAGACAUGGUUGAUACACCAAUACAGUUGAAGAAUCUGUCCUGCAAGGAACUAAAACAAUUGGCUAGUGAAAUUCGUUCUGAGAUUUCUUUCAUUAUGUCAAAUGCCCAUAAACCUUAUAAGGCAAGUCUUUCUGUGGUGGAGUUGACAGUGGCUAUACAUCAUGUUUUUCAUGCACCGAUGGACAAGAUACUCUGGGAUGAUGGUGAACAGGUACUUUGUAUUUCCUUGUUAACUAAAACGGAUGCCAAUUUCAAAGGCCCUAUUUACCAUGCUACAUUCUUUAUUUUAAAUAUUUUUUUCCAUCAAAUACAGACAUAUGCACAUAAGAUUCUGACAGGGAGGCGGGCUCUUAUGCAUACACUUAAGCAAAGAAAAGGUCUCUCUGGUUUCACUUCUCGAGCAGAGAGCGACUAUGAUGCAUUUGGAGCUGGGCAUGGAUGCAAUAGCAUAUCUGCUGGGCUUGGCAUGGCUGUUGCAAGAGAUAUUCAAGGAAAGAAGAAUCGUGUUGUGGCAAUCAUAAAUAAUUUGACAACAAUGGCUGGUCAGGUCUAUGAGGCAAUGAGCAAUGCUGGAUAUCUUGACUCUAACAUGAUAGUGAUUUUAAAUGAUAGUAGGCAUUCUUUACAUCCUAAGCUUGAUGAUGGAUCAAAAAUGGCAAUCAAUCCUCUCUCCAGUAGUCUAAGCAAGCUCCAGUCUAGUAGAUCUUUCCGGAGAUUCAGAGAAGCAGCAAAGGGAAUAACAAAACGGAUCGGUAAAGCAGUGCAUGAAUUGGCAGCCAAAGUUGAUGAGUACACACGUGGUAUGAUGGGCCCUCUUGGAGCUACUCUCUUUGAAGAACUUGGACUUUACUACAUUGGGCCUGUUGACGGGCACAAUAUUGAUGAUCUAGUUUGUGUACUUAAUGAAGUGGCAUCAUUAGAUUCAACUGGUCCUGUGCUAGUACAUGUCAUCACAGAGGAUGAGAAGGACUCAGAAUCUACUGAGGAGGGUACGCCAAAAUCAUGCUCUCUAGUAUCAGAUUGUAUGUCUAUCAAAAGCAGCCUCAGGACAUUCAAUGACGUUCUCGUGGAAGCUCUAGUAGCAGAAGCAGAAAGGGACAAAUCAAUUGUAGUGGUCCAUGCUGGCACUGGACUUGAUCCAUCUAUUAAGUUUUUCCAGACCAGAUUUCCAGAUAGAUUCUUUGAUGUUGGAAUGGCAGAACAACAUGCUAUUACUUUUUCAGCAGGAUUAUCUUGUGGAGGCAUGAAGCCAUUCUGCAUAAUUCCGUCAACAUUCUUACAGAGAGGAUAUGAUCAGGUCAUUGAAGAUGUGGAUCUGCAGAAAGUUCCUGUGAGAUUUGCCAUCAGUAGUGCUGGACUUGUUGGAUCUGAAGGCCCAACUCAAUCAGGAAUUUUUGAUAUUGCAUUCAUGGCAUGCUUGCCAAAUAUGAUUGUAAUGGCACCAUCAGAUGAAGAUGAACUUGUUGACAUGGUAGCUACUGCAGUUCUUGUCGAUGAUAGACCUAUUUGCUUCCGGUAUCCUAGGAUAGCCCUUUUCGGAAAUGGUAGUUCAUUACGUAAUGGAACUCCCCUUGAGAUUGGGAAGGGAGAAAUCCUAGUGGAGGGAAAGCAUGUGGCUCUACUUGGCUAUGGUGUGAUGGUUCAGAAUUGCAUCAAGGCCCAAUCUUUGCUUGCUAGUCUUGGUAUUGAGGUAACCGUUGCUAGCGCGAGGUUUUGCAAGCCACUCGACAUUGAGCUCAUACGAGAGCUAUGUCAGGACCAUCAGUUUUUGAUAACAGUUGAGGAAGGAACCAUUGGCGGCUUUGGUACUCAUGUAUCACAAUUCCUAGCUCUUGAUGGUUUGCUUGAUGGAAGAGUAAUGUGGCGACCUGUGUUACUGCCAGAUAAUUACAUCGAGCAUGCAUCCCCGAGGGAGCAACUAGAUAUCGCUGGAUUGACUGGGCAUCACAUUGCAGCAACAGCAUUAAGCCUGUUAGGGCGUUAUCGUGAAGCCUUCAGCCUGAUGCAUUAAAAUUGUUGUUCAACACAGGCAAAGUGGACAGAUGCAAUGGAGGAGAUUUGUUCUAAUAAGAUGCCAACAACACAACCUCCAAAUUUUGGUAGAGGCUGCCAGACUAUGAAUACCGGGUUUCUCUGUUUCUUUCGAAUGUAAUGGCUAUCGGCGCCAUCUGCAUUUGAUGAUGAAAUGGGUGACUACGAUCAUUGUUUGCUCGUAUGGUUUAUUGUUCACAAUUGUAAACUGUUGAUAGUCGUCGACUGCUAUGAACAACAAUGGAAAGCCAAUGCAUUCUGCAUUCUGCUUCUACCGGGAACAGGAGCCAUAUUUUACGUGUAGGUUAUCUGUAUGUUAUCAUGGUACCUCUUGUACAGUCACAUUAGCAGUGUUUAAGAACUUCAUUUGGCGUGUCA